AUGCGACUGCCGUGCGACUGCCGUGAGACUUCCGUGCGACUUCCGUGCGACUGCCGCGAGACUUCCGUGCGACCUCCUUGCGACUACCGUGAGACUUUCCGUGCAACUGUCGUGCGACUGCUGCGAGACUUCCGUGCGACUUCCGUGCGACUGCCAACACAGAUAGACAAGGUGACGGAAAUACAUAGAAGCAUACAAGAGGUAGAUCAGGGAACCUCUAACUGGCAGCUGGCAAUUCCUUUUUCACAACGAGUCCCCUUGCCUUCUCCCGCAGACAAGGUGGCGGUGAAGGUGAUUGACAAAUCGAAGUUGGACCAGAAGACGCAACGGAUGCUGGCCCGCGAGAUCGCCAACAUGGACACCGUCGCCCACCCGAAUAUCAUCAGACUGUUCGAGGUGGUGGAGACUCUCUCGCGCAUCCACCUCGUGCUGGAGUUCGCCCCUGGUGGAGAGCUCUUCAACCGCAUCACCACGGAGGGCCGCCUGCCGGAGAACGACUCGGGAAAGGUCUUCACGCAGGUCCUGGCCGCCAUCACGUACCUGCACAGCCUAUCCAUCAUCCACCGAGACAUCAAGGCCGAGAACGUCUUCCUGGCGGGUCCCGGCGUCGUCAAGCUGGGCGACUUCGGCUUCUCGACGCGCGUGCACAGCCUGGAACAGCAGCUCAGUACCUUCUGCGGUUCUCCACCCUACGCCGCGCCGGAGCUCUAUAAGGACGAAUCUUACCUGGGCCCAGCUGUUGAUAUUUGGGCUCUGGGCGUUCUUCUCUUCUUCAUCUUAACGUCAGACAUGCCUUUCAAGGCCAACACCGUAGCGGGCCUCAAGCGCCACAUUCUAGCCGGGUCCUUCAUUAUCCCCGAGCACGUGUCUCCGUCGGCCCAGGACCUAAUCACCAAGCUCCUGGUCCAGGACCCUUCCGAACGCCCCACGCCCGCGACCAUCAUGAACCACACCUGGCUCUCUAUGGCUCCCACGCCCCCGGAACCCCUACAGCCUUAUGUGAUGGCGCCCAUGUUUUCCACAGAGGAGGAGACGCCCUUUGAGGCGGAGGCGGUGUCGACGCUGGCCUCGUGGGGCAUCAACCGGGAGAGCCUGGAGGACGGGACCGCGCUGGGGGCCCGCUCGCCCGCGCUCGCCACCUACCGCAUCCUCCUCCACCGCCUUCUCAACCGCCCAGACACGCCCAGCAUCACUUCCAACAACAACUCGGCCGACAACGCCUCCUCUCCUGUGCCCACGUCCUCGCCCUCGUCGCCCAACAAGGAGACGUCGCCCAGGAGACACAGGCUCAGACUCAGGAACGGGACCGCGUCAGGGUCGGCGUCUGCGGGCGUCAAGUCACGCGCGUGUAUCAUCGUCUGAGUGUCUAGGUGAAGGGCGUUUCGGGUCCUAUGUGCAUUUAAAAAGAACGCUAUUGACGAAGGCUUUAAGUUAUUUGUUACUGAUGUAGGAAAACUUUUUUUUUUCCAAUAUUAUGAUUAUUUUGAAAUGUAUUUGUUCCCAUUGUAUAUCUUAUUUAUUUCAUGUUUUAUAUUUAGGUGAUCAUACACAUUUUCUUGUUUCAUUUUUAUACUAUUCAGUUCUAUUUUUAUUCAAAGAACUGACAUGAACAAUGUGAAAUAGAAUAGUGCUUAAAAAAAAAAACAAGUUUUACAUAAUCAACAAUUUAUAUCAAACACGAAAAGGAAAUUGGACACGAGACCCCUAAGCUUCAACCACCACAUUAUCGGGGGAAAAAAGAAAAAUGAUAAAACACACAGUUAGUCACUAUUUUCUUUUUCCUUCAAGUGGCUGUGUUCCUCUCUUACGAGAAUAUUUAUGCAAAUUAUAUCAUAAAUUGAUGAUAUCGAAUUAUCAGUAUGUGGUCGUUGAGAGCCGUUCUUAUAGACUAGCCACUGUAGGUGUUAUGUUUGUGUGUAAUAUUUACCAGUGGGGAAAAAAGGCCAAAGAAGAAUUUACCAUAUAUAUGUAAGUACUAAAAAUAUGAAUGAAUAUUUAUAGCUUGUAUAUUUCCUGUACAGAGAUAUGAGUGUGAUAUGGUUAAUAUUUGGUUAAAAAUAUAUGUAUUUUACGUAACUUAAAAUUGAAAUCUUGUUUUUGUGCAGCAUUAACAUUUUUAAAAAUUAAUCUAUACGCCAGUUAAGGUCAAAGGCAAAUAUGUAUUUAUUGUUAUCAUCCUUUUUAAUCUAUUUAUUUCGUCGGUUUUUUUUAUAUAUAUUGGAUGUUGCGAAGGACCAAACCUAUCUCGGUGUAAGUUUACGAGAAACUGUAUAAAUAUUUCGUUUUCUCGUUCCCUUCAUUCUAUAUCUAUCCUGUCUAUGUAUCUUCCUUUUUUUUCUUUCUUUCCCUCUAUUUCCCUCUCUUUCUCUCUCUCUCUGUCUCUGUCUCUGUCUAACUCACUCUCUCUCUCUCUCUCUCUCUCUCUCUCUCUCU